AUGUUUUGUUAUCUUGUUUCUUGUUCCAAGACCCUCUUUUCUCCUUCACCUUCUUUCUGUCAUCCACACUAAGACAAACUAAGAGUUCAUCGGUGUUUUGUCUUUGGGUUAUAACAUCAAAUCCCAUGUUGUGUCCACUAUGAGCAACCAAUGAGACCAAAAACAAAGAAUCAAGAAUAAUCCCCAUUAGCAUAGAUUCUACCAAUCAACAAGAAUACAUAUUACUUAUAUACAGUUGAAAACAGUUGACAAAGUUCCCAAACAUAAAGUUCUCGUCUUUUGUUUCCAUACUCUCUGUCUUAAAAAUGUCAAAUAUCUCAGGAGAUGAAGGAGGAAGCUUCUCUUCAGGCAAUACUGGUGGUGGUGUUGACGAAGGUCAACAAAGACCGCCACCAACAGUCAACUCUUCAGAUUUUAGAUCCACUUCUCAAGAACUUGUUCCAGAUUUAUCUAAAAAAAAGAAAAGAUCCCUACCAGGAACUCCUGAUCCAAAUGCCCAAGUCGUCGCUUUAUCGCCUACAAGUCUAAUGGCGAAGAACAAAUACAUAUGUGAAAUCUGCAACAAGGGUUUCCAAAGGGAUCAAAACCUCCAACUCCACAGAAGAGGUCAUAAUCUACCAUGGAAACUUAAGCAACGAACAAGCACCGAAAUAAUUAAACGUGUGUACAUAUGUCCUGAACCAACAUGUGUCCACCACAACCCGGCUCGUGCGUUGGGUGAUCUAACCGGAAUCAAGAAACAUUAUAGUCGAAAACACGGCGAAAAGAAAUGGAAAUGUGAGAAAUGCUCCAAAAGAUAUGCGGUACAAUGUGACUGGAAGGCUCAUUCCAAAAUUUGUGGCACCAAAGAAUACAAGUGUGACUGUGGUACCAUCUUUUCCAGAAGGGAUAGCUUCAUAACUCAUAGAGCCUUUUGUGAUGCAUUAGCUGAAGAGAACAACAAACUAACCCAAACCAUGCAACAAGACCACCUCAAUGUCCCUAAUCAUCAUCCCACACCCUCCAUCACUUCACCUGAAUUUAGCCAUGGUAGCAUGCAAGAUUCCAGAACCCCAUCCGAAUUACUACCUUUCAACAUCAUGCAAGGUGGUCAUGGAAGCCUAUUUGGCAUGAGUAGCCCUAGAACCGCCUCGCCUUCUUCCUUGCAGCUCGGCGGCACCACCCUCUCCUCUCCCAUGACUUCGGCCACUGCCUUGUUACAAAAAGCGGCACAAAUGGGAGCAACGUCUAGCAACAAUAACAACAACAACAACAAUAACAAUCAUUAUGGCAUCAUGAACAAUAUUAUUACUACUAUGGCACCGCCAUCCUAUGGAGGCAGUGGUGCAUACAAUAAUACUGAGACCUUGGUUGACCAGUAUCAUCCUCAUCAAUCACAACUAGCCGCGAUUAUCAGUCAAGGAUUCUCAACCCAAUUUCAAGAAAGCGCGAUGUCACCCUUUUUUAAUCCAAGUGUUAAUGGAGGUGGGAAUAGUGACGGAAUAGGAGGAUAUUGGUCCAUGAACAAUGGGAAAGAGGUCAUUGUGGACAAUAACAACAAUAAAGUCGGUCAUAAUGCAAAUUCAGGAGUUAGUGAUCCCAAAAAUGGUGAUAACACGACGGUUGAUUUCAUGGGUGUGGGCGGAAUGAGCCUCAUGAGUUUCAGUGAACAACAUCACCAGGAAAUGGAAAUUUGAAACAUAUGAUUUUGCUAAUAAUAGACCACAUACAUUGAGAGCAUUUUCAAGUGUACAGACUAUAUCGAGCUUGUGAUGUAAUAUAUUGCACUCUUCAUGAGUUUUUAAUAUGAAGCAUAAUGUGCUUAUAAGGAA